GUAGUCCUCUCAGCUCUCAGCGUUCAUAUGCCUAGCCAUGGGAAAGCGCCGGGAUACAAAGACGAACGCCAAGCAGGAUAGAUGGGGAGCGAAGGAACAGAGUCAGAGUUCGAGCUCUGUCUGGCUUUAUGGCGCCGUUACAUUGGCUGGAGUUCUGCUGGCGAUCGCCACCCAGCAAGUGGGCCGCAACGACAAGCAGGAGAAGUUCCAGCGCCUGGUGCGCUGGGUGCAGGAGGCUGGCGGAUAUGUGUCUCCAAAGAUCUCGUACGUGGAUGCCACGACGAAGGGGGCGAUGCUGUUGGCUUCAGAGCCGGUGAAGGAAGGGGAGAAGCUGAUGAGAAUCCCCCGGCAGGCGCAAAUCAGCGAUGCGAGUGUCCGCAGCGACAGUGCGCUUCCACGAUACGUGGAUGGCAUCAGUGACCUCAGCCUGGGUCGCAGCGGUGUUGCUGCCAUGGCUGCUUGGCUCACCAGCCGCUACGGAAGCUACCUGCAAGACCCCGAGUCUGUUGGGCCAUGGCGAUUCUGGUGGGAGAUGUUUUCUGCUCCCUGGUCCAUGCCCUUCUAUCGGGAUGCCACUGAGCAGCUGCUGUUGCUGGGCUCCUACGAAUUUCAAGAGAUUCGCCGGAACCUCUUUUGGUAUACCCGCGAUUUCGAGAAGCUGACAGAACCGUGCAAGAAAGGAACCUGCAGUGCCGAGGUGCGAUUGAUGGACUUUGAUGCUUAUCAGGCCAUGAAUCAGUUCAUACUCUCCCAUGCCUUCAAAGGGCCUGGCGACAAGCCCCACAUCAUACCGAUUUUCGAAGUCUUGAACCAUUCGCCGGAAUUGGCGUCAGACUUGAAUUAUGAAAUGGACGGCGAUGGCAAUUUGGAGGUCUGGGCCAAGUGGGAUAUUCCGCCUGGCACUGAAAUUACAAACAGCUACGGGCGGCGCUCGAACAGCGAGCUGCUGGCCUCCUACGGCUUCGCGGACCCGCCGUACCUGGAGCCCUUCUGGUCCCUCCGGAUCUUCACCCAGGCUUUGGCCGAGAAGCAUUUCCCGGACAUGGACAUCGAGGACAUGGAGAUCGAUGUCCGGCUGGCGACCCCGUGGCUGAGGAGUCUGCCCACCGAUGGCGCGGCACCAACGCCGCUUGCCACUCUCGCCUCAGAGCUGGACAGGGCCACAGGCCAAGUGCCCUCCCUGCUUGGCUUGGUGGAAACCACCGCAGAUCACUUCCUGAAGUGGUAUCGCAAUGAUCAGCUCAUCGCCAAGUACCGAAGCACCCUGGAAGAGAAUCGCAGGCACAACGCCAGUAGCUCGGUUUGGUGGCUGGAAGGGCCAACUGCUUGGAGCUUCAGUCGGGAAGAGUUUGCUGGUUUGCUGCAGUCCAAAGGCCGCAGCGAGCGUGAGAAGCUGCGGCAGGAGGCCAGCUCAGGCGAUCUCAGCGAUCCCAGGAGCAUCGGGUUCUGGAAUUCCACGGUGGUGCGGGUGAAGAUGAGCGAGUAUUUGUGCGCGGUGGCCCACAAGGAGGCGCUGCAGCUCCUGCGAGGUGAGCUUCAGUCAUCCGAAGUCAUGGCCGAGUCUGUCCAGACGGCCGAAGCGUUGCGAGACUUUCGGCGGAAAAGGGCUGAACUGGCGGCCUUCGAGACGCCAGCUUUGCGUUUAAAAGAAGAAGAAGAAAAACGGGAUGCCAACGAGGCAACGCAGGUGUUCACCAGCACCAUGCCGCGCGCAGUUGCCUCCGUGUGCUGCAUGGGACAGCCUCCCGACAAACGCUCAGCUCUGAACCCCAUUGACAAGGGCGUGUUGGGCGAGGGCUGGUGGGACGUGGAGUGCCCUGAAGAUGUGCCGCCCUGGCGAGAGGUCGAGAAGCGACAUCCAGAGUUCAUGCAGCAGUGGAAGCAGGACCCUUUGUGCUGCCACUUCCCUGGCGGCGAGAGUUACCUGGAUGUCGUCAUGCGUUUGGAGAGCGUCUUGAUUGACGUAGAGAUGUGUACUAGCCCGGUCCUGAUUGUCAGCCACAUUACGACCCUCCAAGUGCUUUUGGCCUACUUCAAAGGGGUGCCCGUUGCCGAGGCUUGGAAGUUGUCCCUUCCCAAGCGAGUCGUUGUGGAGGUCUCACCAACUGCUGGCGGCAGUUACGCGUGCGAGGAGAGUUCAGCUUGGCUUCGCCGAGUGAAGAGCAAGCUGCAGGAUACCCAGCCCUGGCUAUUUCCGCAGAGAAGGAGCCCAAAAAGGAUGAGAAGCGGCAGAGAUUGGCAGUGGUCCAGUAGGUGUUCAACUGAGCUUUAG